CCAUUCUCCACCUACAAUUGCUGGUAGGCAGAGAGGGGGAAGAAACCAGGCGCUGCUCUGACACCUGAAGGUCUGCUCGCAUCUAGAAAGCAAUCAGGAACCUGCUCGAUCGGUGCUGUGAAUUCAAUCGCCGGUUGUCUGGUUUUGCGGUGGAAUAGCUGGUCGGAAAUCGGCGGUUUCGGCCGGGCGGAUGAGGAAUUGAUUUGGAGGAGGUCUGUUGCUGGAAAAUUCGGCUUCGAAAUGACUCAUAUUGUCGCCGGAGAUGGGAAGGAGAGCUCUGGAGGACGGACGGUGGUGGUAGGAGUGAAGCUGGACUCGCCGAGCCGGGAAUUGCUUACGUGGACUCUCAUGAAGGUCGCUCGGAGCGGUGAUCGUGUCAUUGCACUUCACGUUCUCAACGACGAAAAUGUGGAUCGCGACGGGAAAUCGCCUCUGUUUUCUCUGGUUAAAGCCUUCGAUUCAAUUCUAGAAGUUUACGAGGGUUUCUGCAAUCUGAAACAGGUGGAUCUCAAACUAAAGCUCUGCAAAGGUUCAUCACUCCGGAAAGUUCUCGUCCGCGAAGCCAAAUCUAACCACGCUACCGUCGUCGCCCUAGGAAUUUCUCAAACUCACCAUAAAAUUCGUUCAUCUGCCUCAGUUGCCAAAUACUGUGCUAGAAAACUGUCCAAGGAUUGCUCCGUGUUAGCUCUUAGCAAUGGGAAAAUUGUGUUCUGUCGCGAAUCCACUUUAGGUCUGCACAUUAGAACAACAGAAACGGAGCAUCAAUGUCGAAAUGGUUUAGUAAAUGCUCUGUGGGGUUCUUUUAGUAAGAAUAAAGAGGUGAACGAUGGCCAUUCAUCGAAGCCAUUGUUGAACAGGGAAGCAGAUUUGGUGGCACAGAAAUUAGAAUGGAAUUGUUCAGUAUGUUCACCUGAUUCAGCACCAUUGAAUAGUUCAUGUGCUCGAUUUUCCGAUAAGCAUCUUGACGAUGACAAUAAAGAAAAUCCAAAGGCUGUCGUGCCGGCGCAGAAACUGGAAGAUGCUUCUAGUUCGAUUUCUAAAGAAUCGUCUAAAAUUAAGCUCGGCUGGCCUCUUCUUCGUCAAGAAAUCUUGCCAAGCCCUAUAGGUUCAUAUAUAUGCUCGACGCUUGCUGAGGACUUAAUUGAGAAUGACAGCGAAUCUGACUGCGGUGGAGACCAUGAAAAUGGUAAUAACAUAUCCGUUCCAUCAUCUCCGGACUGCAUCUCCGAAACCAUACCAGAUGAACUGAAAGGCCUCCAUCGAAAGUUCUCCGCCUCCUGCCGGGAGUUCAAGUUCCAGGAACUUGCAUCAGCAACUUCCAAUUUCACAGCAGGGAAUAUCAUAGGCAAAGGAGGCAGCAGUCAGGUUUACAGAGGCCGCCUUCCCGACGGCACGGAGAUUGCCGUGAAGAUUCUAAAUCCAUCCGAACAAGCUGCGAAGGAGUUUGUCCUUGAAAUCGAGAUCCUUUCAUCUUUACAUCACAAAAACAUUAUCACGCUGUUCGGAUUCUGUUUUGAGAGCAAUCACCUCCUCUUGGUGUACGAUUUUGUGUCGAGAGGAAGCCUCGAAGAGAAUCUUCAUGGCAGCAAAAAGGAGGCACUGCCAAUCGGGUGGAACGAGCGAUACAAAAUUGCUAUCGGCAUAGCUGAUGCAUUGGAUUAUCUUCAUAGCAAAGAAGGCCAACCCGUAAUCCACAGGGAUGUUAAGUCGUCAAACAUACUACUAUCCGACGAUUUUGAGCCACAGCUUUCUGACUUCGGUCUUGCCACAUGGGCAUCGGCUACUUCAACUCACAUAACCUGCAGCGAUGUUGCCGGGACUUUUGGGUACUUGGCUCCCGAAUACUUCAUGUAUGGCAAGGUGAACGAAAAGAUCGACGUAUAUGCCUACGGGGUAGUUCUUCUCGAGCUUCUGUCGGGCAGAAAGCCGAUAAACAACAACUGCCCGAAAGGCGAAGAGAGCCUUAUUAUGUGGGCAAGGCCGAUUCUGCAUUCGGACAAGUUUUCUCGGCUGCUAGAUCCUGACAUGGGCAGCAGCCAAAAUCACGACCAAGUCGAGCGUAUGGCUCUAGCAGCUUCCCUCUGCAUCAGACGCGCGCCGCGAGCUCGCCCCCAUAUGAGCCUCAUUCUCAAGCUUCUCCAAGGCAACGACGAGGCGGUGAAAUGGGCACGAAUGCAGGUGAACGCAUCGGGGACGACGGAAGAAGGUGCUAACACACUCGAUCCAUUGGACGACGAAGCAUUCCCACAGCAAAAUCUACAAUCCCACCUCAACCUCGCACUGCUCGGGGUCGACGAAGACUCCAUGUCUCUAAGCAGCAUCGAGCAUAGCGUUUCGCUGGAAGACUAUCUCCGGGGGCGAUGGAGCCGAUCCUCCAGCAUCGACUGACUGACUGACUGAACCAAAUAACCAUUUCUGCAAUGGGAAAUCGGUAACAAGAUUACAAUAUGAAUAUAAUUUCGUCGAUCAUUUAUAUUAUAUGCAUUUGUUGUGUGUCUUUUUGUUUUGUAGUUUACAGAAGAAAUGAUAUGUGGGUUGGAUGUGAGGUUGUUUUGCAGCAAUGGUGUGCCUGGUGCCCUCCCCUCCCCUUAUUGCUACUCGACUAAGUGUAUUUAAAGCAGAAAAAAAGAACAAAGUGGCAUUUGCAUCACAGGUUUAAUUUAAUUUAAUUUUUUAA